ACACGCCACGGACCUUGAACGCACCUGCGUGGUCAUGUGACAACCGAAGGACGAAGUCAGAAAAAACAGAUUCACCAGAUAAAAAUGGACACGAUGGAAAAACCAGCCGCUGUUACCUGCAACUUUUGUGGAGAGGUCUUCGCUCUGCCUGAGGAUGACACUGACGGCAACCUCCCUCGUGUGCUGUUGUGUGGCCACAUCUUCUGUACCUCUUGUCUGCUGUCCAUCCAGUGUGACGGCGUCAUUAAAUGUCCUGAGUGUGAGGUUGAGUCCCCCCUUCCUGAAGGUGGUGUGUGUUAUCUGCCAGAGGACAGCAGGAUUAUUGGCCUCAUCUACACAGCUAAAAUGAACAAGAUGAGAAGUAGCCUCCAGUGUGACCGAUCAAAGAAUCGCAGAAGGAACAAGUUAAUGUCACCCACUGAUCUUAAUGGGAAUACUGAGAAUACAGACCAGCCAGAUGAUAUCAAGAAGAUUGAGAGGAGAGUGGAUGAGGCAUUGGUCCAAGCUGCAGAUAAUCUUGCCCAGCUGGAACACAUCCAUGAGACUCUGACUACUGGUCAGGCAGAACAGGUGAAGAGAGAGAAAGCUCGGCUGGAAAUGGAGAUCAAGCAAGUUGCAGACAAGGCUAUACAUGCAAUCCAUAAGUGGAAGGAUGUGCAGUUUAAUCAGGUGUCAAAACUGGAGGCACAACUCUCCACCAUCCAAGCGGAAGUGUACCUUGUCCAGGAGAGGAUUAAGGCACUGGAGAUAGCCAUGAAGGUGGCCAGAGAAGUACGACGUGUCCCCAACCUGGGGCAGUACUGUACCCUGGAUAAUGUUCUGGAGACAUUGAAAGCUCCUGUGGAUAAGCAGACCUUUGAUAUCAAAAGCCUUACAAUGGGUUUUGGAGUAAGCUGUGUUCUACAGUCAGAAUGUGUCAACCGGAGUCUGGCAUUGUCUCUGAAGUUGGAAGUUAAUAACCCAAAGAACUUGUACGAAUCUCCCCCUAAAGGCCACCAGUCGGGCAGCAUCAACAGAAAGUCGCCUUUGUACUGGACUGAGGGCCGAAAGAGAAACUGUACCUCACCCAAACGAGGCAAGCUGCCCUCCCCACAAAGACAGGAACAGGAGAGCCGUGGAGCUGACAGUCAAUCGCCUCAAAGCUCCUCUCCAAGCCCCCGACCUCCUCGCAGGUCCAACCUUUCUCACCACGGCUCAAACUUGGACCUCGGAGCUCCAGAUGUAAUUAUAGAGGAGCUUGUAGACGUGGGACAACAACGUGCUCUCCCUCCCACUGGCCCUGAGCUGGCUAAUGACAGAGGGAGAAUCUCCAGGAGAAGGAGAAAUCAGGCUUUUGGCAACAGGAGAGAUGUUACCCAGUGGGUGGUGGUGACCCACGUUGUGAAUCCAAGUCACUUCUAUGUGCGCUACAUGGCAGAGAGGAGGGAUAGCGAGAUCCUUUCCAAGAGGAUCAACCAGUUUUGCAGCAGAGAAGAUUGCUACUUUACUUCCAGUGAUUCAGUGGAGACUGGCUCCCUGAUCUUUGUGAAGUGGAUGGAGGGACUCUGGUGCCGAGCCAGUGUGGUUGAAAUUCUGCGGAGUGGCUGUGUGGAGACUGUGAAAACCUGCAAAGUCACGCAGCUCGCCAAUGUCCGAGUCUUCUUCUUUGAAAAUGGCGUCACAGAAAAUAUCACAAUAGAGAGAGAAGAGGGGAGUUCUGAGUCAUCACUUAACGCUGUGAACAAUCACCUGAGGAAGGUGGUUGAGACAGUAAAUUUGGAACUGGGUUACUUUGCUCCUCAGGCCAUCAGGUGUUCUCUCAAGGACCUGGUCCCAUAUGACCUGACCAAAGGCUGGAGUAAAGAGGCUGAGGUGGAAUUCCGCAGUGUGGUUGGAUUUGCUGCGGUGGAGAUGAGGCCUUUGGGUCAGGACAGAGACGCUCUGUUGGUGGACCUGAGGAAAGUGCCCAUGGAUCAGCCCAGUGACACGCCCAUCUGUGUCAGAGAGUACCUUGUUUUUAUUGAAGUGGCCAGGUUUUACUCUCCAGUGACGUUGAGCAGGAAACCCCUGCUCUUCUACCCUCCUGUCUAUCCCAACAACAACAGAGCGCUCAAUGCAGUGGUGUCCCACAUCAACAACCCUGCUGACUUCUACAUCCAGCUGGUUGACAACAUGGAGUCCUUGUUACUGUCCGUCAAGCUCCAGAAUUGUUACAAUGCGACAUCAGUGGCUGGACAAGAUGACCUCAACAUCUACUGCCCUUCGAUAGGACAGGCCUGCGUAGCCCGCUAUGAUGACAAAUUGUGGUACAGAGCUCAAGUCAUGGGUCAUCCAGGGGGAAGAAAUGUGGAAGUGCGGUUUGUAGAUUUUGGCAAUAUCCAAAUCCUGUCAGUCAGCGACUUGAGGAAGAUGAAGGAUGAGUUCUUUGCCCUUCCCUCCAUGGCAAUCCACUGCUGUUUGUCAGGUGUGACUCCUCUUGACGGAGAAACCUGGAGCAACACCUGUACCAACAGAUUCAUCAGCCUGGCUCACGAGAAACUGGUCUCUAUUGUGGCUACAGGUAGAAGACACAAAACUGGGCCCCUGUCAGUAAAAAUGUUUGAAUGCAGCCUGAACGGGCCUCAAACCAACAUUGCUGAGCUGCUGGUCAAUGAGGAGCUGGCCAGCUUCAAAGACGGAUAUAAGUCCAAACAUGCCAGUUCCCCUGGUGAUGACUCCACCAUAUGGGACCCUCCACUGGAGCAUGGUUCGGCCACAGAGGGCAUUGAUUCCCCAGACCAAAAAGUCCCACAGGAUGAGGAGCCGUUGGCGUUUCAGCCUCAGCUGAAGCUCCCUGCUCAACUCAAAGACCUGAAAGUGAAAGUCACCCACGUCAACUCACCGAGCAGCUUCUAUGUGCAGCUCACUCAGAACGACUCUCAGCUCAAAAGGGUUUGCGAGCUGCUGAAGCAGGAGUGUGCCUGUACAGAGCCACAAGAUGUGGUGUGGAAGGCAGACAUGUUCUGUGCUGCUCACAUUAACGGGGUUUGGGAGAGGGGACAGAUCUGCUCUGACAUCACAUCCAGCAACAUUGCAGAGGUAAUUCGCUGUGACCAUGGCAACACAGAGAAAGUCCACAUAAGCAACCUGCGACCUCUUCCACCUGCUUUGAUGGGCUCUCUGGCACUGGAGUGUGCUCUUACUGAUAUUAGGCCAGCAGGAGGCCGAUCCACCUGGACGGCUACAGCCUCUGACUUAUUCACCUACUACUUGACAGGAGCCUCAGCCGUUAUGACAGUCAAGGGGUUGACAGAUGAGCGUCCGUUACCCGUCGUUCUGUUCUCCUCCAACAAGUUGGGACAGUUAAUCAGCAUUGCAGAGUUUCUGGCCAACGAGGGCCUCGCCCUCAAAAAGAGAACACCAAGAGAUGCUCUUGUUCAGAAACCCAAAGAAACUGAUGCACAGUCUUCAGUGAGCGAGACACAAACUCAUGGCUCCGAUGGCGAGAAAAAAAGUACAACUAGUCCUGAUCUUCCAGCGCCUUCUCUCAUUCCUUUUCCUUUAUCCUCCUCUUUCGUCUCUACUUGCAUCCCUCCUAAACCAGCCCCCCGCAGCAUCAUGUCUGCUGAGAAGGUGAAGACUCAGUUGUACGACCCCCCAGAGCUGCCAUGUCUGGGUCAGAUCCAGACAAGUGUGUCUGCCAUCGGAGAGGACGGUCUCAUUUAUAUAAGAACACAAAAUGCAGAGUGUCAGUUGGAGCAGCUCAAGGAGAGGAUUCAGCAGAGCAUGAAAACGCUGCCCAGACAGAAGCCCUACACUUGGAAGUCAGUCCAGGGCUGUGCCGUCUUUGGACCCGAUAUGUCGUGGUGCCGAGGUCAGCUGUUGGAGGUGCUCGGAGGACAUGUUAAGGUACAAUAUGUGGACUAUGGCCACGUGGAGAACAUCCCAGUGGUCCAUGUGUACCCCGUGCUGCUGUGUGAAGAUGUUCCUCAGCUCUGUAUUCCCUGCCUGCUGCACGGAGUCAACCCUAUUGGCGGCAAGUGGCAGCCGUAUGCUGUGGCCUUGCUGAGGGAGCUGUUGCUGAACCGCUGUGUGGACAUGCACGUCACGGAGCUGCCAUCUGAUCCUAGGGAACCCCUCACAGUUGAGAUCUUUCUGGACGGGCUGAGCCUCAGCAGGAUCCUUUGUCACCAUGGACAUGCCUCCAUGGACGGGACUGUGUCAGCACAGACGGGCCCCUCAGUGACGUCUCCUGCCAUCUUCCUGGAUGACUGGGACCUCGACACUGAGGGUUUGAAGGAUCCAGAGGAGCCAAUGUUGGGGUCCUUUGUCAACCCAAACCUGCCACAGAAGGGAGAGCGCUUUCAAGUCAGGGUCAAGCACCUGAGGACCCCCAACGAGGUGUUCCUGUGGUCUUUGGAGGGAACAGCAGAGGUGGAGGUGGAUGGAGAGAAACUGGAUGAGGCUCUGACCAGAAUCAAUGAAAACGUCACCAGUCUGAAACGACUCACCAACUUCCCUCAUGGUGCUCCGUGUCUGGCAGAGUACAGUGACGGGAAGUUCUACAGAGCAAAGCUGAUGAAUUUCACCACCGUGGAGCCCCUCAUGAUCAUGAUCCAACAUGUGGACUAUGGCUCUGAGGACACUCUGCCCGUCAGCAAGCUGCGUCAGAUGCCAGCCGAGCUGCUGAAGUUUCCCUCGAAGGCGCUCAAGGUCAAAGUCGCCGGCUUCAAGGCUCCGAGUGUCAACAUGGAGGAAAAUGUUCUGCCCUACAGCCCCAACUGGAGCGUGAAGGCUGCACUGGAGAUGAUCGACCUGCUGCAGAACAUCACAGCGUCUGUCGUGGCUUAUGAACCAGAGCUCACAGUUCUGCUGUACAACAAGGACGGAGAGUUGGUUCAUCUGCCUCUGGUGAGCAGCGGCCUGGCCGAGCUCGAGUGAAGCAGAGUGGAGACAAAAUCCUCGUCUCACAGGUUCAUGUUUACAUGCUGAGGUCCUGUUUUGUUGAUCAUUUCAUUAUACUGCUGUUUUAAGUUUUAACAUGAUGCAGAGAAUGUGCACUUGUCUGUCACAGUGUUCUUUUAGAGCAGUGAUUCAUUUUAAGUUUGUUUCUAACUGUUGUGUUUGAGUGAAAUGUGUUGACUUGGCACUUUGUUUUUGAGUCGUGCCACAUGAGACUGGUCUGUAUGUUACAGAUUAAAGUCGUUUAACUUUC